UCCCACCUCUAGUCACGCGUAGAAACAGGAGUGGUUCACAAUCCGCGAUUGGCCGGGCGCCCGCCAGCGCUUACGAACGAACGACUCACUACCACACAACCGUGUUACGAACCCCGCGAAUAUAGCAACCCCUUUAUUAGUGAUUGGAUCUUUUGUUUACAUUAUCAGGUGAAGGAUAUCAGCAACGCAGAGAUACACAGCAGCAUAAUGGCACAGAACGGAUACGGGCCCACGCCUGCUGGUCACAUCGGCAGAAUCCCAAACUAUGGUAAAACACAAAUAAAUCCAAUGGGAAACGUAGAACCACCCGCGUGUAUACAGAAUGCUAUGAUGACAAAAGACAAAAAGCCUUUCACAUACACUCCGGGUGGGUUAGAUCUAUCUCAAAUUAGAACACCUAGCAUGGCCAGAAGAUUGGCUCGUCAGCGGUCAAAUGAAGAAAGUGAUGCAGCACAUAUAAGUCCCCCGAUUAAAAAUGGAAAUACCAAUCAUGGAUGUUCAGCCCCACCUCCUCCACCACCACCACCCCCUCUUGUUAUAGAAGCACCAAAUAAUAAAGCACCGAAACCCAUUGUAUCCGGUGAAAGACCAGAAAUUGUUAUUCCUGACAAUCCCAUUGGAAUGUUAAGAAAAACAAAUAGUCCUUAUCAUUGGGAAACUGAGCAAGCAGAAGCACAAAGGAUGGGACCAGUUCCUAAGUUUGUUGAAAAAGUACCAAGUCCUUUAACUGUAAAGUUGCCACAGCAAAACUACGCGCCUCCGCCAAAUAAUUAUUCGAGACAAAAUAACUUAACAAACCAGUAUUCAUCACCUGACAGCCCACUUCAUCGUCCGGAAGCUCAGUAUGGUAACCAACAAUCAAUGUCACCAGGUCUUAAUGGCUCUCCACAAAUAAGGGAAAUUUUACAACGUCAAGAUUCCCAAUAUAAUAAAAGUCCACAACCGUUUCCCAAUCAGUCUCCACUUAAUAAUAGUGCCCCGUAUUCUCCAACUGCCAAUAACCAUUGGAGACAACCGGAAAAAAGAGAUUCUCCUGCAAAAUCGAGUCCGCAAUCACCAUUGAUAAAUAGCAAUAUAGUUUCUCCAAAUGUGCAAUCAAAUAGCCCAUUCUAUAGCCAAGGAUCUCCUAACAAUAACACUUUUCAUACUCUGCCCCGAGUUGGGCAAAGAAAUCAGGACCAAAUGAGCAAUGCUAACAUACACAACAGCUAUGCAAAGCCCAACAUGAAUAUUGAUUCAGAAAAUAUACCAAUCCAAAAUACUAAUGUUAGUCCGGUUAUAUCAAAUACAGCUCCUUGGCGUACAAGUACAUUAAAUCGCUAUCCACGUGAAACUCAACAAAGCUCUCCCAAUCAAAAAGCCGACCAAUCGCAAAUUUACAAACCCACGUGGAAAGCUAACGAUAUCAAUAAUAAUCCGUCACAAAAUAAUAAUACUCCAUGCACUCGUGAUAGUAAACAUACAAAUCAACAGCAAUAUAACCCACCGUGGGUUAAUAGAGAGGAAAGUAGUAAGAGUCAAGAUAAUACAGCACCCUGGAGAACACAAGAACGAGAAAGAUCAGUACCAACUUCACCACCGGAGAGAUAUCAAUCAACAAUUUCAAUUCCAAUAUCUCCGAAAAAACAAUCGGCUCAACCAGAUUACAAUAACAGCCCAAAUCAAAGAGAAGUAGUCUACGUGAAUCAAGAGCCAGUCUACUAUUGUCCUGAGAGUCCGAACGCUAUACCUCCAUGGGUGAAAACACAGAAAGAAAAAACAAAAACGCCACCACCAGUAUGGUGUCAAAGGCCUUUAGAUGGCAAUAAGGUAUCCCCGAGAGAGUUAGAAACUCCACCAAGAGAUGUGAACCAGGAACCUGAGUGGGUUAGGAAAAGCAAUGAAUUGCAAAAAGGAGCGCGAGAUGUUAUCAGCCCUCCUAAGUAUCAGCAAUCUGCGCAACCGAAUUGGUCUACACGACCUUCAGAAAAUAGGAAAAGUAUUCCUAGAGAUUCGCAACCACAACAAACGCAACAACAACCAAGCCGAAUAAUUCCAAUACAAAUGGAAGUAUCAAGUCAGGAAACUAGAAAUCAAAAGCAACCAGGAAAUCAAAAUCAACCUAACCUGAGAAUUGUUAUUGACAUGAAACAAAAUCAAGGCGCACAGAACGAAACCAAUUCAACAGCGCCAUUCUCGCAACCAACUCAAAGAAUCAUGAGGGUACUUUCACCACAAUUAGUUAAAUUAGACGAAGGAGCGGAUAGAGAUUUACCGACAUUGAACAGACGUUUCCAAGAUCAGGACAGUCAACCGAAAACAAGAAUAAUUCCCAUUCAGAUUGAAGGCAAUGGUGGCUCAAACAAAAGAGAGUACUACCACAGGAUAGUUCUCGACCCGCCUCGCCAGUCGAACGCGUUUAAAGUGUUACAAGUUAUAACUGGCACCCAUGGCUCUGAUGAUGUACAGUUUUUGGAAGACAGGAAUGGAUUCAGCGAUUUAUGAAGACCGAAAUUCCCAUAGAGAAGGCAAAUAUCCUCCAGAACCAUUAAAGUUUACCUAUAAAUAGUUUAGAAGUAUGUUCUGACACGGUUACUAAUAAUUUGAGUUAUAACUAUAUUUAUAUAAGAUUUUAAUACGUAGGUAAUAAAAACGCAAAGGAAAGAACAGAGCUUAUUAAAUUUAUUUUAGAAGUAUACUUCUUUUGGCGCGUUAGGAAAAAAAAUUACACCCAAACAAAAAUCGAAAAUAAAAAUUGUAAAAGAUGUGAAGUUAAAGAAAAUUAAUUUGUAUCUAAUUGUAUAAAAAUAAUGUAAUGAUAUUUAAAUCAACGAAAUGUUACUAAAUUAUGCAUUAUAACAAUAUUUUGAUUGAUUGUAUUUUAUAUUUAUUUAUUACAAUAUUGUUCUUUCUUCUAACGUAAAAGCUCGAGGGAUAAAAGUAUUUAAGGACUAGCUGACCUGGCAAACGUUGUUUUGCCAUAUAAAUUAUAUAUGUAAACCUUCCUUGAGCUUCAACGAAUCUAUUAGAAAAGAUUUCAUUGAGAUCGGUCGAAUAGUUUAGGAGUUAUUAGGGAACAUACAAACAUACAUUCUCUUUUAUAUAUAUAGAUUUUUGUUUUGUUACGCCAAAGAAGUAUAGCUUCUUGCGUUCGUGAUGUUUUUCGAACACACACAUUUUUUUUAAGGUAAAUUUAAUUUUAUUAAAUUGUUAUUGUUAGUGAUAAGGACGUAGGAUGUAAUAAGAUGGCGAAUCAAAUGCUUUUUGUGAUUAUACUAAUGCUAAUGUUAAAUAAUUCACAGCUACUAUACCAAAGAAUAUUAUUUGAACAUUACUAUGUUUGUAGUCUUAUGUUAAUGUACUCUAUGUGUCUUUGUAUUUGCUUAAUAUAACAUUUUAUGUAGAUAAAUAAAUUUGUAUAUUUAUUAAGAUUAAUUUAGAAUUUGAUUAAACUCCCUUUAGUAAAGUCAGUAAUUAGAUAGAUAUUUAAUAAUUAUAAAAUUAAUUCUCUUUUGUAAACUGUAAGAUUUAUAAGAUAUUAGAUUUUUCGUAUGGCGCUAACCCUGACUGAAUUAAAUCGAAUGAAUUUCCAACUAAUUGACUAAUUCAAUGAAUAAAAUAAAACUAAAUAUCCACUAUUCCAGUCCUGAUUUGUGUUUGUUAUUAACAAAAUUGAAAUAUUUUUAUCUGAACAUCGAUUUGACGGUAUUUUAAUAAUUAUUAACCAAAUGAAAAUUUAAGUUUUUAAAGAUUUUAUUUUCAUUCUGAUCUUAUUUUAUAUUUUCGUCAAAUUGUAAAUGGAACAUACUGUUAUUAUUAUUUUCAAGACAUUUUGUUCUUAGAAUUCUAUAUUUAUUGGUUGACUGUUAUCGAUUAUGUUCCGAAUACCAUCUGUGUCAUGUCAUCAUGUAUUGGCAAUAUCUCUUAAUUAAUAAAUAUCUCGAAUAUCUAUAUCACUUCACACUAGAGAGAAGUUAAAACGGUUAAACGGCUAGCCUCAUGUUGGAAGUUCGUUACGCUGUGAGCGCGAUUCUAAAAAUGAACUCUCACCGUGCCAUAAGAUGUUUUUUUUUUCAACAAAAUACUCGAGAAAUAGAUAUGGAAAUAACUUAUUUAAUAAAAUACUGAUUUGUUGCUUAAUAAUAUUAAAAUUACGUCAUUUAGAUGCAGAUACAGACAAGGGGUGUGGCAUUCUAGUCAGUGUGAUAUUUUAUAAUUUAUUAUUAGUGUAAAUUAUCUUAAAUAUGUUUAUUAUAUUUAUCGUAAACUAAGUUGAAUUUUAAUAAAAUUAUUUAGAUAGA